AUGAGUGUCUAUUCCACUACAACGUCAGAUUAUGACACCGCUUCUAAAUCACUCUUCGAUGCGAACGCCGAUAAAGAAAUGUUUUAUUUCGGCAUAAUUUAUUUCAUUCUCUCAAUGUUCAAUGCUCCAUUUCUAUUGGUCAUCAUAUCGACUCUCCAUCUGAAGAACUGUCAGACACCAAACAUGACCUUUAAAAUGAUGAAUAUCGUUAAUUUCUGUUUACUUGGACAAGGAUUAGGACACUUUCUCACUUCUCCAGCUGUCAUUUUUCCAAAUUUAUUGAAAACUUUUGACACUGUAGUCCGAAUUAUCGGAGCAACUAUGAACACUUUAUGGAUAUGCGAUUUACCUGUUGUAACUCUGUUAGCUGUUUCUCGUAUUCUCAUAUUCUCCAACAUGAUACACUCUCAUAAAUUCAAUGGAGUCAUCAAAUUUCUUCUCGGCCUGGUUCUCUCCUGGAUUUUCAUCCUUUUUCUGUAUGGACAAGACGAAUCAAGCGAUUCUGAACUGCGUAUGGAUUAUUCAUUGCUAUGUUAA